AUGGAAGCGAUAAAAACGAGCGAAUCUAUUUCGGAGAAUAAAACAAUGGCUGAAACAUCACCAUCUAUCACUAAUCUAAGAAUUCAGAAAGAACGGGUACAGUUAGCACGCUCAAAGCCAACAUAUAUUCAUGAUAUAAUCACCAAAAAUGAUAAUCAAAAGCAAUGGGAUAUAAUGCUUUUGCCGCCAAGACCACCAUAUAAUGAUGGUAUGUUUCGAUUGCGCUUAACUUUCCCCAGCGAUUAUCCAUUCAAACCACCUCAUUUACGCUUUGUCACACCGAUCUAUCAUCCAAAUAUCGAUGAAAAGGGGCAAAUGUGCUUGGCCGUUUUGCAAUACGAUAAUUGGAAACCGGGGACAAACAUCGAAAGCAUAAUGCAAUCCUUGAUAUUCCUGCUCAACGAUCCAGAACCUGAACGUCCACUUCGUCACCAAAUUGCUGAACAGAUCUAUGAGGAUAAACAAACCUUUAUAAAAAAGGCCAUCGAAUAUACCAAGAAACACGCCGAGAAAAAACCACGACAAACAGUUACUUAG